AGGGAUUGUGCGCUGCAUGCUGAUUCAGUAUCUCUCAUAAUGGAGCCACAAGGACAGCAUCCACAGCACGAGGGACCUCAUCAGAUUCCGUCCCCACUGGACGGCCUCCGUCGUAGAUGGCAAAAGGCACGUCGAGGCCUACGCGAGGCCCCGGCUCCAGAGGGGGAUACAGGAACAAGACGACAACGCCAAGAAGGUCAGCUUGCUGCCGAUGCACAGGCCCAACAUCACGUUCAUGGCAUUUGCUCCCAGCAAGUGUUGCAUCAGAAGGCCAAUUCAAUCGGAAAAACAGCAGAGGGUGCAGGCGCGUUGCUACUUCAAGACAGCAGCCGUAAAGAAUCUGUCGGUUCAGACACAGCAGGCAUUACUCAGUACGGAGGGCGGGGGCGGGAAAUAAGAACGCAUCGACGGCUUAGCACGGAAGGGGAGGUAGACGUGGCGGAAGACGACUUAUGCUGCUUUGAUUGGGGCCUGCUGAUCGAGCCGGUGACCAUGCUGUGCGGCCAUACUUUUUGCCGGCAUUGCGUGGGGAUUAUACUCGAGGACUCACAGAUCAAGACGCAGGGAGGGACCCCUCAUACACCUGGGGCGAUGAAAUGUCCCUUGUGCUGCCGUUCCCUCCCUGCUGUCUUGCCCCAGCCAAACGUCCGGCUACGCAACGAACUACGUGCAAAGUACCCGGAUCUAUACGCAUACAGAAUGGAGACAGUAGGCGCUGCUUUCGUGGAGAAGGAGAGCAAGAUGCGGAGACAGGGACAGAAGAGAGGCACCAUAAUGACGCCAGAGGACCUGGAAGGCUUGCUAGCGGCGCAUCAGCGUCGCGUCACGGCGGCAAGGCGGGAAGGUCUCGCGGGGGGGCAGCGCGCAGGGCCGAGGGGGGGAGGAAUUCUACGAUUCCUGCGCCGGCGCCAGAUAGACGCCCUGGCCGUGGGGGAGGAGGGAGAGGAGGAAGAAGAGGAAGAGGAAGGCGGGAGGAUGGCAGGGAUAGAGGAAGAGGAGGAGGAAGGGAUGGAGGUGGGGGAGGGAGACCCCGUGUUCGAAGCGGUGGAGUUGUUCCAAUCCGAGCUCACAAGGCGGGUGCCGUCGACGAAGACAGCAGGCGCUUGUCUUUCUGCCGGCUGA